GAGCAGAGAGUUACAGACCCAGAGACAGAAAUAUAGAAAUUGCAUUCCCUAUAAAAACCUGAAUACGAAGGAAGCAGUGAUCAGAAAUCUGAGAAGCAGUCAGUGCGGAGAAGACACUGGACCAAGCAACACUGCGACAGGUCAUUUUAGAAGUUGGGUAUUGAAGAUGCUGCGUCCGGUUUGGGGCUGUGUUGUGGCCGUGAUGGGGGUUCUGUGGUUCUACAGCAGUGGGGUGCAGAGUCAAUGUUGGGAGCAUAGUCAAUGCAGAGACCUUUCCUCAGAGGCAAAUAUACUGGAAUGUAUACAAGCGUGUAAAGUCGACCUCUCUGCUGAGUCCCCCCUCUUCCCUGGAAAUGGGCAUCUCCAGCCUACCUCCGAGGAUAUUCAGAACUACGUCAUGAGCCACUUCCACUGGAACACAUUCGGUCAGAGAAUGAAUGGCACACCUGGAGGCAGCAAGAAGGAGGGUGCCAGCACCGCCCUUAGCGUUCUCCUUGAAGCGUUAUCCCAACCCAGAGACGAAGUUGAGAGGGAAACUGAGGAGGAAGAGGGGCUGCAGCAGCACAGACGGGAUGACAAGAGGUCCUAUUCAAUGGAGCAUUUCCGCUGGGGCAAACCUGUGGGCCGCAAGCGCCGUCCGGUGAAGGUGUACCCCAAUGGAGUGGAGGAGGAGUCUGCUGAGAGCUACCCUGCCGAGAUCCGCCGGGACUUGUCACUCAAGCUUGAUUACCCCCAGGGAGAGGAGCUGGAGGAAGUGUUUGGAGGGGAGAAUGACCUCCUUAAUCUCCAGGAGAAGAAAGACGGCUCCUACAAGAUGAACCACUUCCGUUGGAGUGGCCCGCCCAAGGACAAGCGCUACGGGGGCUUCAUGAAGUCCUGGGAUGAGAGGAGCCAGAAGCCCUUACUGACUCUCUUCAAAAACGUCAUGAUCAAGGAUGGCCAUGAGAAAAAGGGCCAGUAAAGGCCUUUCUCUCUUUCUGUUCUUCGUUGCACCGAUAUCAUAGGUAGUCAGCAGUUAGCAAGAGGAUCCAUAUUGAAAACAAAGCCUUUAUUCAUCAUUUCUGACAAAAUCCCUUGUUUGCAAUGUAGUCACCAAUAAAUUAUUAAUAUUGUAUAUACAAAAUAAAUGCUUUUAUGAGUGA